AUGUCACAUACAAUUCUUCUUCUUCAAUCAACAACGAAACUUGAUUCUCGAACUUAUUCGGAUUACGAAUCUGUCGAUGAAUGUCUCGAUGCUAUUUGCAAAGUAUUUGAAGAGCAUUUGAAAAAACGAAAUCCAACAUCGCCAUCGAUAACAUAUGAUAUUUCUGAAUUGUUCGAAUUUAUCAAUGAAAUCGCUGAUUUAAGUUGUCUAGUUUUUCAGAAACCAACAGGUCAAUACAAACCUCAUAACAAAGAAUGGAUUAAACAGGAAAUUUUUCAAUUAUUACGCAAACAAGCUGCUGGUGGACGCUGA